CCAAAUAUAAGUCAGGACGGUGUGUCAGCACUAUGGAGGUUGACUUGUGAAUAUCCCUUAGUUAACAGUUCCUUUAUCUUCUGUGAGAAAUUAAUGGAUACAAUCUGCUUCUGUAAGAAAUCUCAGAAAGAAAUUCAACCAUGAGGAUUACAUGUACAGCCUUCCUGCUCUUAAUCCAAACAUUACAGUGUUUGGCUUUAGAUGAUUCCCCAUUUCAACUUAGCAACAAGGCCACUGGGUUUUGUUUGGUUAAAACAAAUAACUUCUGCAAUGAAAUUCGGUGGACAACUGGUGACCGACUUCUGGUUCAUCAAAGGAAGAAGUGCCUGGGCGUCCAAGGGAAAAGUGUUGGAAGUGAAAUAAGCCUUUACGAUUGUGAUGAAAACAGUGAACUCCAAAAGUGGGAAUGCAAGAAUGGAACCGUGCUGGCUCUUAGAGAUCAAGAGCUUUACAUUGAGCUUACUGCAGAUAACACAGCCGUUCUCUCCAGAACUGUUGGGUCCAAAAGCUACCUCACCAUUUCAGGGGGGUCCAGUGGGGCCUGCACAAGAACAUACAGAGAACUUUAUUCCAUUGGUGGGAAUGCAGUUGGGAUGCCUUGCAUGUUUCCCUUCCAGUACAAAGACCAGUGGUACUCCGACUGCACUACGACUGACUCACCAGAAAAUCAGCUCUGGUGUGCAGUGGAAACAAAAUAUCAAAGUGAACGCUGGGGCUACUGUCCGGUUACAUCCAAAGGAUACUGGAAUAUACACCCAACAACAGGAGCAUACUACCAGCUCAACACUCAGUCAGCUCUAACUUGGCCCCAGGCUGAGACCAGCUGCCAACAGCAGGGUGCCUCCCUGCUCAGUAUCACUGAUCCUCAUGAGCAGGCCUAUGUCACAGCACUACUAGGUUCUGGGGGUAAUAAGCUGUGGACUGGACUUAUCCUGGAUCCCGGACACAGCUGGAAGUGGUCUAAUGGAAGGCCUUACCGCUAUAUGAAAUGGGACUCAGGACAUCCGCUUCCUGAUCCUGGACACAACUGUGCAAUGGUUGAUCCUGCUGUACGGUACUCCUGGCAAAGUUUCCCUUGCAGCAAGAAACUAGGGUACAUCUGCUACAGCAAAGCGAGUGAGGUACAGACUGUGAAAGUUGUAGAAACUGGAUUUUGUUCAAGUCCUUGGAUUCCCUACAAUGGCCACUGCUUCUCCCUCAAUCGUACUGAGAAAACGUGGCCUGAAGCUCAGAGGGAUUGUCGUAUCAGAGGAGGAGACCUUGUCAGCAUCCACAGUGUGGAAGACCAAAGCUUUGUCAUCUCUCAACUUGGAUUUGCUUCCACUGAUGAGCUUUGGAUUGGACUGAAUGACAGGAAGACAGAGAAGCUGUUUGAUUGGGUUGAUCACUCCACUGUCAGUUUUACCAGCUGGGAGUUUGGGAAACCUGCUGUCUCCACUGAUAUAAACGACUGUGUUCUCAUGAGGGGGGAGACUGGGAACUGGGCUGACCGUGCGUGUGAGGAGAGACAUGGCUUCAUUUGCAUGAAGUUGAGUUCCACAAAGGCCACUGAAGAUGAAGUUGUGAUGGAUGAAGGCUGCAGAACUGGAUGGAGAAGACAUGGCUCGUAUUGUUACUUUACAGGAACACAGUCAAAAACUUUUGAUGAGGCUGUGGAUGACUGCAAGAGUUACAAUUCUUAUUUAGCUGACGUUUCAAAUGGGGUGGACAAUGCAUUCCUUGUCAGUUUGUUAGGGUGGAGAUCAGAGAAGCACUUUUGGCUCGGGCUCUCAAACCAGAAAAAUAUUGAUGAAUUUGUGUGGACCAACACAGACACCGUGAGAUUUACAUACUGGAAUGCUCAUAUGCCUGGUAGUGGACAAGGAUGUGUUGCCAUGACAACUGGAAUUUUUGCUGGUCUCUGGGAUCUGCUGCCCUGCACCAAAAGUGAGAAAUACAUCUGCAAACACCUGGCAGAGGGAGCAGUUAUAACCCCUGCACCACCCAUUCCUACCACUCCUCCCAAAUGUCCCCCUGAGUGGGAGCUAUUGAAAACCAGAAACUACUGUUAUAAGGCAUUUAAAGACUCCUCAGCUGGGAGGACUUGGUAUGAAGCCAGAGAUUACUGCAAGGCCAUUGGAGGGGACCUGCUCAGCAUCCACAGCGAGGAUGAGCUAAUGUCGAUAAUAAGACACAGUCAUAUCAGAUAUUCAUCUGUCUGGAUUGGACUGAGUGCCCCAGACCCAGGCACUGGAUAUUUAUGGAGUGAUGGAUCCCCACUUCAGUUCCAACACUGGGAAGACAAUGAGCCAAACAAUAAAAACAAUGUGGAAUCUUGUGUUCAAUUCCUUUUUUAUCUGCGAGGGUCUUGGAGCGAUGUGCAUUGUGAGACAGAGCUUGCGUGGAUGUGUCAGAUCCAAACAGGGUUGACUCCAAAUCCUUCUCCAGACCCUGUCCGUCCUGCCUACAAUAGGACCUUGGAUGGGUGGCUUGAAUGGAACGGGAAUCAGUAUUAUAUUUCAAGGUACUCACUGGCCAUGGAAGAUGCUCGUUCGUUAUGCAAACGGAUGCAUAGCGACUUGGUAACUAUCAACAGCGAAGCUGAGAGUAUCUUUUUAUGGAAACGGAUAUACAGUUCUAGCAAUUCUUUCUGGAUUGGCCUGACUGUAGAUCUUGAUAGAACAUAUGGGUGGAUGGAUGGUUCUCCAGUGGUGUUUCUAAGGUGGGAUGAAGGUCAACCUCGUUUCCAAAACAAUGAUGAAAAUUGUGCUGUCAUGAGGAGCUCAAUGGGGUUCUGGCAUGAUAGUAACUGUGGGUUUGAGUAUUCCUUCAUUUGUAAACGCAAUGAUACACCCCCAGCCCAUGUUACUGUACCCCCAACAGUCCCUCCAAAAGGUGGCUGUCCACUAAACUGGAAAAAAAUGGACUCAAAGUGUUACACCAUUAUUAACAAGGAGAGGGAAACGUGGGAUGGAGCGAGGACACAAUGCAUAGCCAUGGGAGGAAAUCUGGCCUCAAUUAACUCGAGACAUGUCCAAGUGUUUUUGACCACAUUACUGGCGGAGGCACCAACCACAGACCUGUGGAUUGGUUUGCAUAAUAAAAACGGUCAUCUGUUUUAUUGGACCGAUGGUCUAUCAAGGCGAUACUUCAACUGGAAUAACGAAUGGCAUUACCAGAGCUUUUCAGAUCACCUUUAUAACCAUGAUCAGUCUGUGUUUCAGCCAAAAGAGUGUGUUGUGAUGACCAGUGUUUCUACUAAGGAACUAGGAAAAUGGACUAAAAAGUCCUGCAAUGACACCAAUGGAUAUGUCUGCCUUCGAAGUGUUGACCCUUCUCUGCCAGACUCUCCUCAACCAACAACUCCAAACUAUGUCAACAUUUUCAAUGACUCUGUGAAGGUUAUCACUAGAAAAAUGACCUGGUAUUCAGCUCAGAAGAACUGCAAAGAUGAUGGUGCCACACUGGCUAGCCUGCGAAAUAUCUGGUCAAAGACAUACAUUGACCUGAUAACUCUGAAUCUCAACGCUCCUGUGUGGAUUGGACUGAACAAACUCGAGACUGGUGGAUAUUUCAGAUAUACUGAAGGCUGGCAUCUCAAUUCAAACUACUGGGAUGCAGGGGAACCAAGAAGUGACCGACCUUGUGUGUAUGUGAAUGUGGAUGGAAAAUGGCGGACUUCUGAGUGUGAUGGGACAAUGGCCAGUGUUUGUAUGAAGAGUACAGAUGUGCCUCCAACAGAGCAAUCUGAGUUUCCUGGAAUAUGCCCUGAUGUUCAAGAGCAACUACAAUUCAGAAGACAGCUGUACACCUGGCUGCCAUUUAAGGGCAAUUGUUACCUGUUUUGGCCACAACGAUGUAGUUGGCCGGAUGCAUCUGCUAACUGUGCAGCAUAUGGUGGAUCUCUUGUCAGCAUUGAAGAUCCCUCAGAGCAAGUCUUCAUUCAUCGUCAAAUACAAGUGUAUGACGACAGUCAGAGGUCUUACUGGAUCGGCUUGUACAAAACACACAGAGGCCAGUGGCUGUGGUUGGAUAAAGCAGCCAUGGACUACACUAACUGGGAUUUAGGUGAACCUUAUGAAAAACGUUAUGGAGUGAUAAGAGUUUCAGAUGGAAGAUGGAUCACAACGAGGAACGACCAUACAGGAUAUAUUUGCAAAACCCCUAAAGUCAUUUUACAACAGGCACCAUCAUCAGUUGGAAGCCCUGUGGUGACUCCCCAAUCCAAUGGCAGCCUCAUCAUGCCAGUUGUCCUGGUCAUUUGUGCGACUGCUUUAGUGAUCCUCAUAGUUGUUAUCGUAUUACUUCUCGUCAAAAAGUCUGGCCGCUUUAGUGUACCAAUGUCAUCUGCCUUUCACAACCCAAUAUUCUUUAACAGAACACAGUCACAGCCUAAUCUGGUUGACGCAAAUGAAGUAGAAGGAAAUGUCGAAGGAGAGAUCCCUGAGGCUGGUAUAACUUUGUGAACUCAUGCAAGCAAAGAAAAGGGCUUUCAUGAACAAAAACGGGGUCUUAUUUAGCAUACUAAUCUAUUUUGUGAAACUUUGAAAUUAAGUGUCAUUGUAUCAUUUUAAAAAAACAACAACUUACCUAAAUGUA